UAACCUCACAAUUUUAAGUAAAUUCUAUGACGGUUAUUCGGUACAUACGUUCACAAUAUUUUUCUCUGCUAAAAAAACGUGAAAUAAACCACUUUCGCGAUGAAUUUGGUACGUGAAAUAGUGGAAACCAACACGCUUGUGACCAUCAACAGUCUAACAAAUGAAUUACCGCAAGUUUUCUCUGAAUCCAUGACUCUUAAAGAAUCCACACUCAACUACAUUGAAGACGCGUUCGUGAAAUUCACCAGUCGUCGCCGACUAGACCUACAACUCUUCGACAAAACACAAAAGCUAAUCAACCGCGUCAAUGAACUGAAAACCAACAUCAAUGAAGUUGUUAAAGUGGAGAUGAAAGGCACCAAGACUGAAAUCGACAAAUGCCAGAAGCAGAUUGUCGAAAUCAAUAAAAACUUGAAUGUUUGUUAUGAUUUCAACUACCAAUAUGAAAAACUAAAUCUUGCACAGACACAUAUUAACAAUCUGGAGUAUCUGAAGGCAGCCACCAUUUUAAAAAGCUUUGAAACAGUUGAAAAGUCAGAAUAUCAACAUUUAAUGAAAAACUUACAGAAACAAGCAAUGUUACUGAAAGUUAAGUUCAUUCACAUGAUAGAGGACAUUAUUAAGGAACACUUUAAAUAUUCCACAACAGAAAAAGAUGGUAUACUGAUAUAUUCAAUGAAUAUUAAGCCUAAAGAUGAAAGGGUUGAGCAGGCUAUCAUGGCACUAGCUUGUAUUAAUACAUUUUUUAUUUUUGAUGAACUUAAACUGAUUGUGAGGAAAAUGUUGAUGAGUAUUGUGCAGCAUGCCACACAAGUACUGACCUAUGAACAGGAGUGUGUGGUUAAUGUGAAAAACACACACAAAGAUACUUUUUCGACUGUGAGUGAUAAUUCAACAACAUUUGUUAAGUAUUUAACGUUAUAUUUGAGUUAUUCACUUGAUACUGAGAGUACUCUCAUGGAUUUUCUUCGAGAGGAUAUUGAGGAGGAUUUUACAAGUGUGAUUGUUAAUGAGUGCUUGGAUGCGACCAUUCCGGAGAGUGAGACUGGACUAGCGACUUAUACAGAGGUUGAAUUACGUGUGCAAGCCUUACAAAUAACACUUCAAGAAGCAAAUAUAAUUUCUAAAGAAAACACACAACUCGCCGACUUUGCUUCCCAGAUCCAAGAACAUUUCGUCAACAAAAAAAUUAAAGAAUAUGGCGUAAUGGCCACUACUUUGAUGAAAAAAGAUCUCCAUGUUAUCCAAACUGUCGGCGAUCCGUACGAUCCUAAUGAUUUGUCAUUCAACGACUUUCCGCAAUGCGCCAUCUCUAAAUCCGUGAUGGAAUUAUUAAAAUUAGUGGAGAAAAUCAUCCAGAAAGAAAUCACGAAUACCAGUGGCACACCAGGAGCUUAUCUACUCACAGCAAGUGAUAUUUUAACACAGUACGAUAGUGUUGUUCAGGAACACAAUCAACGACUAUUGAAAACAAUCCCUCAACAAAUGGCAAUCUUCUACAACAACUGUAAAUACAUUGCGCAUGAGCUAACAUCGCCAUCUUGGAAUGAUCUAUGUCGACAACUCCCUCCUGGAUUACAAGAUUUCGAUAGAUUUACAUUCAUCACACAGCAUUUGAACGAUUUCUCGGAUCAAAUGCUGCGGGAAAUGACCAGUGAACAAGUUGACAACAUAAAGACAAGAAUUGUUGCGUCAGGGAUCAGUUUAGCUUGUGAUAAGUUAGAGCCAUCUGCCGAGAAAACCGUACGACAGUGUUUGCGACAACAAGAGUUGUUAAAAACCGUCUGGCAGAAAGUCCUCAACUACUACGACUACAACAGCACGAUUGGUGUGCUUUUGGACACGCUGUGCACGAGUGUGAUUGACGACAUCAUGAAAAUCAGUGAUAUUCCCGCGGAUGUUUGCGAGCAACUCGUGGAUAUACUUAAAUUAAUCGCCACUAGAGGGCCGAAGUUAUUCACCGAACCGAAAGAGAUUCAUAUGUAUGUCACCCACUGGGCGAAGAUGAACGAAGUGAUGUUCGUGCUGAAUUCAAGGUUAGAGUUGAUUGGUGAACGUUGGGCGGAUGGUAAGGGACCGUUAGCUUUACAUUUCACUGCGGAUGAAAUGCGUGCGUUGAUUCGUGCGUUGUUUCAAAAUACUGACGCGCGCGCUGCUUUACUAGCCGUUAUUUAAUAUGUGAGGUUAUGUUAUGACGGUGAUACAACACUUUUAUAAUAUAUUUAUUUGUAUCUUAAUAUUAUCCAAUUUUCAAUUAAUUUACAAUGAGAAUGUGUAUCCAUACUGACGGUUUUUCGUUAUCAUCAAAUAGUAAUCAUGAUUCGGUAGACGUGAAGCAUGUUUUCUGACUGCUUACGAUAUUUUUUUUAGUGAGAAUUGUGCAAAGAGAAAAUUUUUCCAAGUUGUUUUUGUCCACAUCGCCAAUAUUAAUUCGCCACAAAAUAAAUUUAAAGAUUGUACGAUAAAGUCACUAAUAGUUACACAAGAUUAUGAUUACACUUCAUUUUUUUCGUGUUUUCUCGUUUGUUUCCGGCGCUUUGUUGGUAUAUAAAUUAAAAUUAUAUAAUAAUCAAUAAUAAAUGUACAUAUACACAUAAUAAAAUAUUUUCAUAAUGACUA